UUAAUCUUUUUUUUUGGAUAUUAGUUGUAAUUUCUGUUAAGAGUCGCUACUGCUUAUAAAAAGGAGACAACUUCAACAAAACUCAUUAGCAACACACGACAACUUGAAGAAAAAAUGCAGAAAGCUGUACUGAAAUUGGAUGUUAAUUGUGAAAGAACCAAGAAAAAAGCUAUGAGGACUGUCUGUUGUCUCUCAGGAGUUGAAUCGAUAGACGUGAAGGACGGUAAACUAACGGUGAUAGGAGAAAUUGAUGCCUAUAUGAUUGUGAAGAAAUUGAAGAAGAUAUGUUAUACCGAGAUUAUUACGGUUGGACCGGCUAAAGAACCGGAGAAGAAGCCUGAGACAAAACCGGAACCAAAACCACCAGUGAUUUGGCCGUAUAUCCCACCCCCAUGUCCUCCACCUUACUAUCAUUACUACGGAUGUGGCGAUGAAAAUCCCAAUGCUUGUGUCAUCUCUUGAAAAAAGGAAAAACAAUUUUGGACCAGGUUAGCUAAUUCUAUUGUAAGAGUCAUUAGCUUCGUAGUAAUCAUUUGUUUUGAUAUGUUAUUGUUGUAAGAGUCAUAAGCUUCUCCCUCGGUUAAGAACUUUGCUUGAGUAUAACAAUAAAAUAUUAAUAUUUUGAUAUAAUCUAAUUAUAUAAUUAAAUUUUAGUUUUUAAACACAAAAAAUAAACUAUUAGAAAAGAGACAAGUGACACAAAGAGUUUUUAUGGUUCUCAUUUGAGAAUCAAUUCUUACUUACUUUUUUUUAUUUCAUUAUUUUAAAAUUGAGAACUCUAUUAAAACACUACUGAUGUGUGCUAUAAUACCCCAAAUUUUUAAGAGAAUUCUUACAACGAUGUUAGAAAGAGAACAAUUGUGUAUUAGAAAGCAUAUUUUCAAUUAAAAACUUUUUUAUCAAAAAAAAAAGCUGUGAAGUUUCCGUUCUAACUAAAAAAUUCAACCAAUAAUCAGAAAGACAGCAAAAUAUAAAUGAUCAAAAAGUAUAUUUUAGAUUUGAAUUAAAGAUUAAAAAUAUUAAUUUAAAUGAAACAUUUUUUUCUAGUUAAAACAUUACUUAUUAUAAAAUAUAAAAAAUACAUAAAUACGACGCAAAGUGCCACUACCAAAUCAAGGAUCAAAGCAAAAAUUAGACAUAGUUAGAAGAAAACUGAGAGACACAAUGGGAGCAGAAGGGAGGUACAAAUGAACCAUUGAAUAAACUCGAACAAUGAAGAAGCAUUCCUAACAAAAAUACAUAGGAGGCAAUUUUAUACAACCUUAGAGCAUUACGAAGAGAUAAUCUAUUUUUAAGGUAUAAGAAAUCUCAAAUUUGAAGUUUAUGAGUGCUGCUCUCCAAAUGUAAACUUUAUAUGACAUCUCUAAAAAUUAUAUUUCACACUGUAGUCCCAUCAUAAAAUUUUUAUAAGUAAUUAUAAAACAAUUUUUAAAAAUAUCACAAGCAAGAUUAAUUAUUACUAAAGCAUUAGUAUAAUAUAUAUAUAUAAUAAAAACACACUAACUAACUUAUAAAUUACAAAUUAAAUAUCAAAUUACUUAAUAAAACUAUUACUGUAAUGUUCUAUAUAUGAUCAGUCAAAGCAUUUUAAGGUGAUAAAGAAACUUUUUAUUUUAGGAUGCUUAUUUAAUUUAUAUGUACAAUAAAAUUUAUAAGGAUAUAUAUAAAGUAUUUAUGAGAUAUAAAUUUGAGGAGUUAAAAUGAUAAGCAAAAAAGUUAAGAAGAUUAAUUUUGAAAUAACUUAAAAAGACUGAAAUGCAAAUAAAAAAAAACAUAAAACUACAAAUAUGGUUUUAAAUCUCAACUAAGCGACAUAAAUUAUUAUUUAAUCAGAUACAUUACUAAGGGGACUUCCGCGUUAUUGGCCGAUUUUAAUUUUCUAAAAAUAUUUAUAACUAUAUCAAAUUAAUCAGCAAUAUAAUUACGUACUGAACUUUCUGUGUGGAGGAGGAGACUAAAAUCAAUUUACUUUAAUAUUUUCCCUAUCGUUCAUUACUUAAAUUAUGAAAAAAUGUCAUGGGACUUUUUUAAAAUGCAUAGGGCAACUUUAUAACAUUUCUAUAUGCUUAAUUUUUUGAGUCUACAUUCUGUGAGAGUCUUGAUUCCAAGCAAGACUAGCAAACUAUUACAAGCAAGGGAGUUUCCUCAAUUGAAUGACAAGAAAUCGAUUUCAACACAGCCAAGUAAACACAUCAAUUUAUGUAGUAAUGACUAGGUCGGAACCAAAGAUUUGACACACUUAGUUAAAUAGUCUAACAUAUUAGGAUUGCUAUCGACGAGCUUACCUACGGUUUCGGGUACUUACAUAUGUUUUCUUAUGAUUAAAAAAGCAAUCGAAGGACAAAAAAACACCUCUUUAACCGGGGGGGGGGGGGGAAAUUAAAAUCCAACAUCUUAAAAAAUUUUUUUUUAAAAAAAAGAACCGUUGUGACUUCAAUCUCAGUUUUUGAUUUCGAUUUCAGUUUUCGUUUUGAUGAGAUAUAUAGAUCUAGAGAUAUACAAGUUUUACAAGAGCAUAAUCUGGCUAGAGAACUUGCUUGACAAGUUCUUACGUGACCGAAUAGGUCAACGGGUCAACGUUGUCCGGGUCGUACACGCGGCCCAUGAGUAGUGACACUUCUUGGUUUCGUCGUUGCUCGUAUCGUACCAUUGAAUUUUAAAUUUCAAACAAAUCCUGAAAUAAUAAAGAAUUAAUAGAAAUUGACCCACUUACUCCUUUUUUUGGUCGUUAGCAAAUCUUUUAUUAUUUAAAAAAAUAGAAAAGCUUUUGUGGGUCAUCAUAUAUUAAAUUCCUCGUAAGUUCCUAUGGAAUUUCUAUAUAAUAGAGAAUCUAAGGACUUGCAAUUGUCAUCAAGAAGCUUCAGCAUCACAAAUCAUAUCUCCUCUCAUUCUCCCUCUUUAAAAUAUAUAUCAGAAAUUUCUCAAGCUUUCUAUAGUUUUCUUCAGCCAUGACUGCACAGGUACGUUCUUUCUUUCAUAUUUUCUAUCUUGAAAUAAUUAUAUUUUAUUUACUGCUGGUUGAUUAGUCGCUAUAUAUAGAAACUUAUCAGUCAUAAUUAUGUUUUAAAUCUUUUCCUUUAUAAGAUAUGCAAUUAGCAAGUACUGAUCUUGGGUUUCAAAUGACAGAAAUCUGUGUUGCAAUUGAGUGUUCACGAGGAAAGAAUCAGGAGGAAAGCGUGGAAGACCGUUUCUCGGUUUUCAGGGGUUACUUCGAUAGCAAUGGAUGACAAAACCGGGAAAAUGACAGUAGUUGGAGAAGUUGAUGUACCGGUUAUCGUGACGAAGCUAAGGAAGAUAUGUAAUACAGAGAUUGUUUCGGUAGAAGUUGUUAAACCACCUGAGAAGAAGCCAGAACCAGCGAAACCGGCUCCACCUAAACCGGCUGAGAUUGUUGCCUAUCCGGCGGUUCCGAUGAUCAACCCGUACCAACACUAUUAUUCCAACCCAAGUUCUUACUAUCAACCAAACUUUAAUUCUAGAGUUGUGGUGGAGGAGCCAAAUACUUGUGUGAUUAUGUGAUUUUCUUGAUUUAUUUCAGAUAAUAUUUAGUUAUGUAACACUUAAUUUUAAUAGAAGAGUGCAUUUUAUUUU